CACAAAGGCACAAACCCAAUCAUAUAAUAAAUCCUCUUCAUUCCCACACGAUAUAUAACCCCCUCUUACAAGUCUCUCUAUUCCUAUAAUUUCCCAACCCGCACCAUCAUUUUUUUCAUCUAUAUAUAUAAUAUCUAUUCACAACAUAUUGCAAGUUUCAGCUAGCAAACCCCUUCAACAUUUUUCACCCUCAGAAUUCAUAUCAUGAGUUUUCAUGAUACAUCAAACACAGGGCUUGGACUUGGUCUUGGUCUUGGUCUUGUUAGCUUCCAUGAUCAAUCAGGGAAUUGCAUGAAGAGUACAAAUAAUGAUCCCAUGAGAGAAAGCCAUAAGAUCAAAAAAGUGGAGAAUCCAUCAUCAAAAUGUAACAACACAUACCCUUCACUUACAUUAGGACCACCAGAUGAUGAUGAUGGUGAUGAUGAUGAUGAAGUGAAUAAUAAUAAUCAACCAAGUUCAAAGACUGAGUCCUAUGAAUAUUUUCGUCCCCAAGUUUCUUCUCCUAGUGCGGUGUCUUCAUUUUCCAACUCUUCUAGCAUCAAGAGGGAAAGAGAUCAGGUCUUGGGAGGAGAAGAAUUUGAGGUAGUGGUAGAGAAAGUUCCAACAAGGGUUGUUGGUGAUGUUGAUGAGGAUGGUAACCCCAGAAAGAAACUUAGACUCACAAAAGAACAAGCAGCAGUCUUGGAGGAAAAUUUCAGAGAGCAUUCUACUCUCAAUCCGAAGCAAAAGCAAGAAUUGGCAAUGAAACUGAAUCUGCGAGCAAGACAAGUAGAGGUGUGGUUUCAGAAUAGGAGAGCCAGGACAAAACUAAAGCAAACCGAGUCAGAUUGUGAACUACUCAAGAAGUGCUGUGAUACUCUAACAGUAGAAAAUAAGAAGCUGCAAAAGGAGCUGCAAGAACUAAAGUCAAUGCAAGCAACGCCAGUGCCUCUUUAUAUGCAGAUUCCAGCAGCCACACUUUCCAUAUGCCCUUCUUGUGAGAGAAUCUGCGGUGGCAACGAAAACAACGGUGACAACAACAACAAUGGCUCUUCACACACGACAACGUUGCUCAUUGGCUCAAAGACGCAUCAUCAUUCCUUUUACAAAAGUAACAACUAUCCAUUCCCUCAUUCAUCAUCCGCGGCAUGCUAGAUAUAUAUAUACAUAUAUAUAUAGUUCCGAGCUAAUAUAUAUAUGUAAUUAAAGAUAGGUGAUUAGUGAUUAUUACUAUUAGAGAUCAAUCCCCCAUGCACCACAUGCUUUCUUAUAUAUAUGUAUACUUCAUAAAUGGAAAGAUCAAUUCAUAGAGAUUUUUCUAAUUUGUUGUAAUUUAUUUUAUAUGUAAUAUAUUUAUGGUCUAUGCGUACAUUACAUAUGAAUAACAAUGCAGGGUUAUCACAUA